GGCGCUUAUCGCUUCAUGACGUAACCAACAUGGCCAGCAUGAAAGUUGCUAGUUCUCUUGUCCAAAUAUCACUUGUUCGAAGAUGUGCAGUGUUAGAAAUGAUUAGCGGGGAAAAUAGAUUUAAUAUUGAUUUCAUAAAGGAUCUUAACAGCGCCUUAGACGUGGUGGAAAAUAAUAGCGAGGUUGAUGCUCUCAUUACGACCGGACGUGGCAAAUUUUAUUCUAAUGGCCUUGAUCUACCUUUUGUGCUUAAUAUUAGCAGAGAAAAGGCUUCAGAAUUUAUGAAGGAUUACUCAAAGCUAUUAGCUCGUUUUGUGACAUUCCCAGUUCCAACAAUUGCUGCAAUAAAUGGACAUGCGUUUGCAGCUGGAGGCCUUCUGGCCAUGGCUCAUGAUUACCGUUUAAUGAGAGAAGACCGUGGUUGGCUAUGUCUAAAUGAAGUGAGGCUUAAAUUGCGUUUUCCACCUGGAGUAUGUGAUCUCCUUGCAGCCAAGGUGACUCAAAAACGAUCCCUAAUCGACUUCUUGGUCUUUGGGAAAAGAUAUACCGGCCCAGAAGCCCUUAGGCAUCAGCUGGUACACAGCCUUCACAAAGAAAACGAUUUAUGUGACAAUGCAGUGUUGUUAGCUGAAGGGUUGGUGGACAAAGAAGCUUUUGAUCGAUCUACACUUCGAACAAUGAAAAUGGACCUUUACAAAAAGGCAGUUAAGGACCUGACAAGAGAUUUUACAUUUCAGGAUUUAGAAUUGUUCCCCCCCAAUUCUAGAUUCUGACUUAGAUUUUGAAAAAAGCAAAUCAAGAAUUAAAUUCUAAGAAAUUCGAAGAUAUUCUAUUUUUUUGCUAGCAAUUUUGAAAAAAAAUUUGUAUAAACAUAAGUUUGUUUCAAAGUUGAAAGUGAUUUAGAGAACCAAAUUCAUUUUUGUUUCUAUGAAUUUUAUAGUUUCUAAAAUUUGUAAUAUGAUGUUUCAAAAGAUUCAUGUAAAAUCAGAUAUAUUGUUCUCAAUAAAAGAUUCAACAUUGUAUUUCUGAUUAAAUUGUUUUGAACUGAAUUUUUCAAACAGUUAACCUGCAUCUAGCUUGCUUUGUUAAAUGCGCCUUUCUUCUUUGUCAAGCUUAAGACUAUUUUAUCAGAAAGCUCAGGUGUGCUCCUAAGCAAAGCUAAAAAAUACUUCCUCGUGAAGCUGAAGUAUGUUUCUUUACGUAUACUUUUACUAUUUCAUCAAGCUUUAGUAUGGUUCUUUGCAGAGCUUGAGUAAGUUCACGAAAUUUGAGUAUGUUUGUUUACAUAUACUCUGUCCAAUGCUAAAGUAAACUUCAUUGAGAAGCCUAAGUAUACUUUGUCAUUAUCUUCCUGCAGUCAUCUGUUCUGGAGAUAUACAACUCUAGGGCUUUCUCUUGGAGUCUCUCUAUCUUCCUUUUACUUGCUACUUUGCAGAAGUACCAGACUGAACUGCAGUAGGUCAAAUGAGAAAAGUUGCUGACUUGUAAAUUGUUAAUUUUCCUUGGUGGGAACUAUGUUACGAAAUCUUGAUAAGACAUCUAGUCUCUGGCUCACUUUCUUGCACAAAUUGCUGAUAUGAGUGGUAAACUUUAGCACAUCAUCAAGUUCAACUCCAGGUAGCUUGAGACAUCUUGUUGGUUCUGCUUCAUUGUUUUCAUCAGCAAAUAAGUUUAAUCUUUAUAUUGCUUUUCAUGCAAUUUCGAAGUACCAUUACUCGGUGCUUUCCCUGUUUUGCUUUCAGACGAUUGUCCUUGUACUGUUGUGAAACCAUCCUAAAAUCUCGAUUCCAUUGUACCUCAACAUCCUCACUGUUCUCCCUGGAAUAAUAGAUCUGAUGAGAGUCAGCAUAUCUGACACUGCUAUAUGUUGAAGAUUAAGUCAUUUUGAAAAAUUUCACAUAGCAUUAGAAGCGUGGAGGGAGGGCGCAGUGGGCAUGGCCCCCUCUGUUUUCAAAAUUUGACAGAUUUUCGGAAAAAUCGUUGUUAUGUCGGAAACAUCUCAAACUUGUGCUAUGGGUAAAAAGGAGAAGUGAAACGAACCAAAUUAAUUAAUAUUUAUCGUAUUAUUAAGUGGCAAGUCACUUUUGUAAAGAAAAUACUAAAUUUCCACAAAAACAAAAUGAUCCACAAAACCAUCCGCACUACUAAACGUUGAGAAGGUUUAAAUUGAUCACAUUUGACCAAGCCAUAAAGGUACGAGGAGAAUCAAAUCUCAAAAUAUGAAACUCGUAGAAUCAAAGAUCUGCAAAUACCGACACCACGUUUCGUACGUCUGUGCAAAAGUCUGGAAUGAUAUCCCAAACGACAUAAUAAAUAUGGAAUUUACUCGCCUUUUCAAACAAAGAAUGAAAACCUACCUCUUGGGCCAAUAAUGGAAAAUCAAUAUGGAAAUAAUUUAUCCCCAAACAUGACCUGCUAGUAAGCCAGUUUUUAUAUUUGCUUUGUUUUUUGCAUGUAAAUACUUUUAUUUAUUUAGAUACUAUUUUUGUCACUGAAGGAGUAUCAUGAUUAUAUCUUAUACGAACUGACAUGGCACCCUUUCGAAAGAAGAGAAGAAUGCUCUUCACAACGAGCCCAAUGAAUCUUUCAAGCACUGUAAAAUUAUCAAAUGUCUUUCCAAAAACUUUAGACAAUAUACAACCUUUUACAUUACCUCUCAUUUUAUGAAAUGAAUGGAAUUGGAAGAGCAGAGUUUUUGCAAUCACGCCCUCCCGGAAGAUCAAUAUAAACAAAACAUAGUUUGUACAAGGCUUUAAGUGCCAACAAACAUCAUCUUGUUAUGAGAAAACAUCGGAAAAGUGGACGUUAUUCGAGACCUUUUUGUUGUAUUAAGAAAAUAACCAAGAUUUUAUAGGAAAAAAGAGAAAAAAAUAUUUGGAC